GAGUACAUGGACCAGAUGCUGGCUGAGGCGGACCGCGCGCUGGCGGAGCGCUACCAAGGUAGCUGGCAGAGCGGAGUCGGUCCAUUUGGACAAACGCAUUUCUUUCGUUCUCUGGCUGGCCGUCCGUCCGUUGACAGGUCCCGGCUUCGAGGCCGAGGAGAGGGAGCUGGUGGCCCUGAGAGACCUGCACGCCGCCGCCCAGCAGAGCCUAAGCAAGGCUGUCCGCGGAGCGAACUUGUCGGCGCUAACCCAGCUCAGGCGAGAGGGCCACUAUGAGCGUGCGCUGGCGAUGACCCAGGGGGACCGCCAGGAUUUGCCGGCUGAGAUGACGAAACGCAUCCUGAUGAUGCAGACGAGACUGCGGGUACUGACACACAUGGUGGCCGACAUAUUCAUGUGUGUAUGUCCUGUGUGUGCGUGUUUGUCCAUGGUGCAGGAUUUGCUGCAAGACACGUGGAUGCAGGAGGGCCGCUUGAGGGUGAACCGAUCAAUACAAACACACACACAUACACACUCACACACACACACACACACACAGAGAGAGAGAGAGAGAGAGUUUCCCUUGUCUGCUAUUGUCCUAUGCCAGGACGAACACGACAAGAAGAUAGCAGCCCUUCUUCGAUCCGAUUUACCCGUACCGUCGACGUCAUACUGUGAGCCUGAAAGAGAUGACGCUCUACGUAUCAUCUGAGAGUGUUUUGUUUCUGUUUCUCAGAUGCUCAUUCGUCGCAGCACACGGGCUCGACCCCAUUCGACAGCCUCAGUGCCUACCACAACCCCACCUCCCCCUCCUACCCCGCCUCCCCCUCCCCGCCGCACCGCCCAUAUGGCCAGCAGGCGGGGCAGCGGUAUGGGUAUGGGUAUGGGGGUGGUAGCGGGGGUGGAUGGACCGCGCAAGACGUGAGCGAAGAGAACUGGCAUCAUCCCUCCAUCACUGUCGUGUUUGUGUGUCGUGUGGGCGUCUGUCAGGUGUCUGUCAGGGGAUCGACUGCGGGCAUGGGCGGCAAGUUCCAGCAUUCUACCACCAACAGCGGCACCAGCAGUCUCAGUACGCACAAACACAGACACACACACAACUGCUAAGCCAGACGCACCGGUCAAUAUUACAUAUUGGUUGGUCGCCUGUUGUCGACUUCAGAUUGGCCGUAUGGAGAUCACCUCAGGGGUCGCCACCACCCGCCUCCGAGAAGCGGCGGUCGCGGCCUACAGACGUAUAGAAGGGCUGAUGGUGGCUGGAAGGGGGAUGGGAGUGAGCGGGGCCGGCCGAGACGACCAAAUGAAGGGAGGAUACUUUGUGUUGCCGCGAUGGGGAGCUGCCUCUGCAGCCUGGUUCGGUUUGGAUGUGCCUGUGCAGGUGUGUGGGUGACCACAAGUACUGUUACAUCGUGAUGGAGAUGGCUCGCGGCACGACGGUUGCUGAGCUGCUGGCCCGCAAGAAGGCCGAGCGCUUGCGGGUCCCUGAGGAAUUGCGCCGGCGCAUUAUGGCUUGCCUGCUGCGAGCGGUUGACUGUCUGCACAGCAUUGAAGUAGGGGCAUCCAGCAUGGAAGUAAGAGGCAGGAUGAUGUGUUUGUGUGCGCGUAUGCGUGUGUGUGUGUGGAAAUCAGCAGCACCAGCAGCAGCGAUGGCGUCAGCAGCAGCGAGCGAGAGCCUUCCAUGGGGCCCGUGGACGACGGACGAGGAGAUGUUCCAGAUCUACGCCGAUCAGAAUCAGCGCUGGAGGGACCUGUGGCAAAGUGAGUGGACUGACAGAAGAAAGGAAGAAAGAAUGAAAGGAGGGAGGGAGGGAGGGGGAAUGCCCGGCCGUCAGAUAGGUGCGUUGAAUGUCAUGCGGCUUUGUGGGCUGUGCGUGUGGCGCUGGCACAGAGUUGGCCCCCGGGCGGCCGUGGAGCGAGGCCAUGGACCUCGUGUUUCUCUACGAGGACAAGGAGUACCUCCAGAGUGAGUCGGUAGUCAGCAACAGCUCACGUACUGGCCCCCGCCUUAAUUCCCUUCCUGUGUGUCUGUCCCUCUCUCUGCAGAGAGGGUCAAGGAGUGGAGGGACCGGGCCCAAAUCUACCAGACGAGCGUCGUCAAGCUGAAAGAGAGACAGGUGGGUGCCGUGCGAUGCGAUGCAUGAGUCAGUCGAUCGAUAUAUCGGUGCUGUGUGAACGCACGUGUGCACACGUCAUGGUAUGGUGCGUUCUUUCACACGACGUCGUGCAGGAAGUCCUCCUGCAGAUGCUCGCCCAGAAGGAGGUAGGUCAGAAUAAUGAAUGCCCCACGGUGGGGCGUGUGUGCAGGUGGUGUGGACACGUGCCUGUCUGUGUCCGCCUGUGUGUGUAUCCGUCGAGCAGAAGGCCAGCAAGGCGUUGGAGGCUGACAAGAAAGCCAUGGCGGCCGAGAUUGAAGCACUGAAAGCCAAGGUACUCACGCACACACACACACAGACAGACAGCAGCAGGCAAAUAGCCCACGUGGUUCAUUCUCUGCCGUCUCUGUGCUGUUGUUUGUGGUCUCAUGAAUGCGCCCACAGAACUUACAACUCAAGCAACAGGCGGCCAUCAAAAUCGACAGCCCGGCCCCAACACACACACACCACCACCACCACCAAUGGUGUGCCUCCCGCACCACAGCCGCCCAUCGCCCGGCCCAUGGCGGCGGGACCACCAGCGGCACCAGGAGCCCCACCAGCGGCACCAGGAGCCCCACCAGCGGCACUCCCCUCUCCGGCCCCCCUCAGCCCGCAGCCACACGUGCCACUGGCAGCCAGCAGCAUCUACGGCGCCCCCCGCCCGGCCCACCAGCAGCUCCAGCCCCACCAACACCAGCCGCACCAGCACCAGCGCCAACAGCAGCAGCAUCAGCAGCAGCAAGGGCCAGGCCAGUUCCGCCCCGUCCGUGAGCCGGUGCGAGGGCCGGUGUUUGGUGGGGGUCGAUGGGGUGCCGGAGGUGUGGGUGUGGGCCAGCAGCAUCAGCGGCACGAGGGCGGUGCUCACGGCAACUUCAACGAUCGCCACGGCGGCCGUGUCGAGUGCCCGGGCGCCGCUAUACCUCCGGCCCACCUUCGACUCCCCUACAUGGCACAGCCACAUGCGGCCCUGCCGGGGCUGUAUGUCCCCACUCUAGCGCCACCCGCCCGAUACUUCCCCAUACCGUCACCGCCACCAUUCGCCGCGCCGCCGCCCAGGAGGAGGAGGGACCAAUCGCCGCAGCCUGGCUGCUGCGGCCUUUUCUCAUUCAGAUGAGGCCCCACGAGUGUACCCAAACCCUGCCCGAUACUGCCCCAUACCACCACCGCCACCACCAUUCGCCGCGCCGCCGCCCAGGAGGAGGAGGGACCAAUCGCCGCAGCCUGGCUGCUGCGGCCUUUUCUCAUUCAGAUGAGGCCCCACGAGUGUACCCAAACCCUGCCCGAUACUGCCCCAUACCACCACCGCCACCACCAUUCGCCGCGCCGCCGCCCAGGAGGAGGAGGGACCAAUCGCCGCAGCCUGGCUGCUGCAGACUUAUCACAUUCAGAUGAGGCAGGGAGGGGGGGGGGAGGCUGUGGUGGCACGCGUGUGCUCCUUUUUGUAUUGCUGCCUACAUUUUACAUCUGUUGGCCUUGUGCAUCCAUCGAUCGACGUUUGUUAGGAUACGAAGAAAGCUAAAACCGCCCUGCAUUGCGAAGUGUUGGUUCGUGUAUGGGCUGGGCUUGCUGGCAGCCGGGCGGGGGGGAUGUGUGUGGGUGAGAUCAUGUCAUUUCAGGAAUGAUGCAUUCAUAACAUGCAAACAAACAAAAAAACAUGCGUGGCCUGGGCGGACCAAUCAAUCAGUCAGUCACAAGCUUGAUGAUUGAUGCCUUUGGAUGUCAUUGCGUGUAGUGCACGGUUAAGGCGC